AUGCUGGCGGCUGUCGUAGCCUCCGCGGCGCUAUCCUGGGCUCCCACCCUGCUUGCGCCGCACCACGCGCCCAGCCCGCACACCCGCCAUGCACCGGUGACGGCGCUCGCGGCCAAAGCCAAGCGAAAAGGCGGCAAGAAAAGUCCGGCGGCGGGCGGCGGCGGCGGCGGCGGCUUUGGACAAAAGGCUGCGGAUGUGGCGGCGCCGGCUCCGACGCCGGCCGAGCUACUCAAGAAGUCGAUGGAGCUCUACGACGAGAUCAAGAAGGAUCUCCGCGCCACGGUGAGCGAUGACGACGACGACGCCGACGACACACCCGUGGACCCGGCCGACGACUAUUCCGUGACAGAGUAUGUGGUGACGGUACGGCUGACGGCCGACUGUGCGAGCGAGGCGGCGGAUGCCUUCUCGGACUGGGCGGUUGGCGCCUCGUGCAAGGAGAUCCUCGAGGCGGGCUGCCAGUCGGUGACGGUGCUGCGCAAGGCGCCGCGCACGUCGGUGGAGCGACGCGCGCGAGAGAGGACGGUGGAGUACGCGUACGAGCCAAUCGACUCGUACAACUCGCACGUGUACGAGGGGCUCUUCUCGCGCGGCGACCGCAGGGCGGAGGCGCUGGAGGCGCUGGGGGUGGGCGCGGGGGCGGACGCGGCGGAGGUGAAGCGGCGGCACCGCAAGCUGAUGAUGGAGCUGCACCCCGACCGCUUCGUCGGCGAUGAGGAGGGGGCGGCGGCGGCAAACGAGCGGAUGAUCCGCGCGUACGAGGAGCUCGGCGGGGGGACGGGCGGCGCGAGCUCGGCGUACGCGGGCAUCGGCGGGAAGGCGCGCGUCGACUUUUCGGACGCGCUCGACAAGGGCGCGCUCUCGCCGCUUGGGAAGCGGAGGAUCGGGCAGGACCUGCCCGUCGAGCUGGAGGGGUGGAGGGUUGGCGUCUUCCCGCUCGAGCCGAGCGUGAGCCAGGAGUUCACGCUCCGCAACGUGAUGGCCAAGGCGUGA